AUGGCAGGUCAAUCGGCAAAGAAAAUUGCAAAGGAAACUUCAAAAUACAGAAUUAUAUACUUAAUAAUUUUAUCAUCUUGUAUUUUAUUCCACUUCUUAUUUAAGAGACUUUACAGCUUAUCUUAUUAUAAAAGUUGGGAUUUUAUUGGUAUUUCAGUUAUUGCAAUAAUAUAUAUAGUAACUUAUUCUGGAAUUGUUUCCCGUCUUAAAGUUGGUGCUGGAUACUCAAUUUACCAAGAUAUAUUUAUUGUAAAUACUAUUGUUGCAUUACUUUCCAUAUUUUCUAAAUAUGCGUGGUAUAUCUACUUAGUUAUUCCAGGAUAUCUUAUUUAUAAAACACUGAAACUAAUAAUUACUUGGGUAUUCACUCCAGAACCUGAAUUACAAAUGCCAAGAAAAAUUAAAGGUUCUCAUGGUAAUAGGAGAAUGUGA